AAAUUCCUUCACUUUAUCCUCGACUGUUCAGGGAGAAAGACUAACUUUCGACAAGAAAGCAUUCAAGUUCAGUUUUAUUUUGUGAAAAAAACUUUGAUUUUUUUUUGUGUUUAGCAAUGGAGGAAGAUCAAGGAAACAACUUUUCUAAGAAGUUUCGCAGCGGCAACAAGAUCAAGGCCAAAGUAAACUUGAGCCAGGCGUUCGAGGAGGCGGCGACUCGUCCCCAGAAGAGUGAGACGCGUACCAAGCGCUACAUGCCCAACGCCCCAAAGACCACUGAGAGGAAGGAGGUGUCUGAUUACGGCUGGAAGACUGCCAUUGCGAAGCCAGUUUUCGGUUAUGCCCAAGAUGGAUGUGAAUCUAAAAUGGGCGUGGCCAUUUCGACCAAGGAGCAGGGAAGCAGCCGGGACAAGCCGGCCACCAAGCUGAUUCUGUUCAAGGACAAGAACCACAUCCUCGCCGUGUGCCUGCUGGAGUCGGAGGGGCAGACCAUCGCCCAGAAGGAGAUGUACUGGCAGUUCCGCGACACCGAUGACCGUCUUUGGAGCUUCCGUUUCGACAACCAGGCCGACGAGAAGGCCUUCGAGCGGUGCCUCAACGAGUUGGGCCACUUCAUGAAGUACCACGAGAAGAAUGCGUCCUCCGGCACUGCCCAGCCGAAGCGGCGCUAUCCGGAUGUGAUGCAUACUUGCGGGAACUGCUUCGGGUGCGAGGAUGGGGUGUGCUGCAAGAACUACAUCGCAGUGUGUCCCCCUCCGCCGGCCAAGAGGUAUGCUCCCUCCACCAGCCGGAACGAGUUAACUGCCAGUCAAGGUGGAGGAUCUUCCCAAGCGAAUCCCAACGAGAACACCGGGCAUAUGUAGUUCGAGAGGCUGUGGCUUCACCACCUGUAGCUAACAAUUCUGGCGCUGGGCGGGGCCCGGCUGUGGUGGAGCAACAACAGCCAGAGCCCGCAACUCUUCCGAGUGUUCCAGUCCAGGUG